GCAUUUUGCGGUUUAAACACAACCUGAAAACCAGUAGCGCCAGUGUCUGUAGCAUUCCUAUGUUUUGCUAUAAACCCUGGGAUCGUUCAACUUCGGAACAGGUAGCUUUACAUAUUGGGAGAGUAAAGAAAAACAGUUUAGACAAUACUGAAAAGAAAUGACUGAUAGUGGUUUAAUAUACUUGUUUGGCUAUUCUAUUUGAAGUGAAUAGAAUUUUUAUGGACAUGUUCAUUUCAUCACAUGGACAAGAGGGGCUUAUAACCGGGGGGAGUAACCGUGAUAUCUAUCUGGCAUGUCAGCAGGCAGAACACGAAUUUUUGCGGCGCGAGAAGACUGGGCACAAGAAGGCCCAUUGCGUUUCAAUAACCGCUGACAAAACCUAGUGCCUGCGGUAAAGUUGACUGGACUGUCGACUGGACUAUGGACGCUAGUGGGAUUGUAACUGUGGUAGUAUAAAUCUCACAUUUUGUCUGUUUCAACGAUGCUUUCCUCAAGUGUUCACGCAGUAAGGGGAUUUCAGCGAGCUUUUUCUAAAGGUUACGCUCAGAAAGCUUUUCUCUCUCAGGGAAUACGGUCGAGCUGUGGGAUUUUGAGGAAUCCGUCACAGAAGCACUUGAGCUUUCGUGAUUUUUCAAGAUGCGCAGUCUUAUCGCAGUUACAUCCCCAGAAACUGAGAGAUGAGUGGGGAAAACCUUCCUUCGAUGUGGCCCAAAUGACGCACUUGCUAGAUCACGACAAUCACGAAAAGAGAGCGAAAUUUCGGAAAAUUUUCUCAGAGGAUCCCUUGAUGACACCAAAGUACAACAUCUCAGUUGAUGAAGAGAGAGACUUGGCACUGAAGAGACUAAAGAAACUUUGCGAUCAAGGGUUUAUUUCAGUGUUGGACUUCAAGAACAACCCACUGUGGAUCUUCGCUGCUCAUGAACUGGCCGCUGUAGUGGAUGCCGCGAUGACCACAAAGAUGACAGUCCAGUUCAACUUGUUUGGUGGGACGGUCUUGAAACUGGGAACAGAGAGACACCAUGACAAACUGUUGAAGGGUAUUGACUCCCUUGAGGAUGUGGGAUGCUUUGGCCUGACAGAACUAGGCUAUGGUAACAAUGCAGUGCAGAUGGAAACAACAGCAACGUAUGACAAGGAAACCAAAGAAUUUAUUGUCCAUACCCCAACCCCGCUGGCGCAGAAAUACUGGAUCACAAAUGGUGCUUGUCACGCUCAUCAUAUUAUUGUGUUUUCUCAGCUUUACAUUGAUGGUGUCAAUCAAGGUAUCCAUGGUAUUCUGGUUCCUAUUCGAGACAAGAAUCUCAAUGUGAUGCCAGGAGUCCAGAUUCAUGACAUGGGACACAAAAUGGGUCUGAAUGGAGUCGACAAUGCCAAGUUUUUCUUUGACAAUGUUCGUGUGCCCAGAGAAAACCUGAUAAACCAGUUUUCUGAUGUUGCUGAGGAUGGAACCUACACAACAAAAAUUAAAGGUGGCAUCAGAAAUCGUUUUCUUGCAGUGGCUGAUCAACUUCUCUCUGGUCGUCUGUGCAUAGCGAGCAUGGCCCAAGGUGCAUCAAAAGCCUGUCUUGCCAUUGCCCUUCGCUACUCUGCGACUCGUCUGACUGUAGGACCUGAUGGGAAAUCCAACACUCCCAUUCUCAAGUACCAGCUUCAGCAAAAUGCUCUGAUGCCAUUGCUGGCAUCUACCUAUGCCAUAGACUUUGCACUGCAGUAUGUCAAAGAUCGCUGGGCAUUUCAGGUAGCUGCAGAUGGGUCUGAACAUGGGGAUGUGGUGACAAUGUGUUGUGUUAUUAAGGCCAUUGCUGGCUGGCAUGUGUCUGAGACAGCUACUGUUUGCCGUGAGAGGUGUGGUGGGCAAGGCUAUCUGUCAUGCAACAAGUUUGGCAUUGACGCCGCCCUGUCACAUGCUUGUAUGACAGCAGAAGGCGACAACUCAGUCCUUAUGCAAAAGGUAGCUACCGAAAGGCUGAUGGUUUUCAAGCCUACUGAACAUCAAAUUGCAGGAGGUGACGAGGCAGACCUGAACAACCAGGAGUAUCUCCAUUCCUUGUUAGAGUCACGUGAGAACAAACUUUUCAUAUCUCUAGGGAUGGAGAUGAAGAAAGCAGGGAAGGAGGGAAGGUUUGACACCUGGAUGUACCAGGAGCAGGAUCUUGUUCAGGCAGCUGCUCACGCAUAUGGGGAGCGGCUCAUCAGUGAGACCUUUGGCAAAGCCCUUGACAAAGCUGACCCUGGUCUACAGCCAGUUCUGAAGAAACUUCGUCAUCUCUAUCAGAUGGCAGUCGUCAAAAAGGAUCUUGGCUACUUCACAACCUCUGAGCUAAUGUCUACAGCCACUGGUGCAAAAGUAGGGAAAGUAACUGCUGAUCUGUGUCGCGAUGUGGCACCGCAGGCCCUUGCCCUCUGUGAUGCUUUUGGUAUCACUGAUGAAAUGCUUAAUGCUCCGAUUGCAAGAGACUGGGUGGAGUAUAACACAGUGGACAACCAGGGAGAAGUUGAAGGCCUACGGUUUUGAUGCUGGUCUCACAAACUCCGUUGGCCUGUUGUUGAACUUUCCUAGAGGAUGUUUAGAGCUAUUAGGAACCUUAACCAAUAAUGACAGUGACACCAGUGACAAUGGCUAGUAAAAAAGGGAUAUACAUUUUACCUUCAAAUUUCGUAAUUAUCUGAAUCUGCUCAGUAUGUCAAUCAGUCUUUAAACCAGCUCAAACUUUCACUUCCAAAAAGAAGUACAAAAAAUUUGCCUUUGUGGCCUACAUUCUCCAAAAUAUGCAGAACUUGGUCAUUGCAGAGGAUGGCUGCAAAAUGUACAAAGAUUUAAAACACAGAUGCACAGUCAUUGUUUUGCUCAUUGAACCUUUCGUUUGGUGGCUUUUCAUUGCAGUUGCCGUCAUGGUUUGCUUAAGCUCCCAAUAAUAUUUAUGAUUAUCCAUGUCAGUGGUACAUGGACAUUCUCGUUUAAUGAUGCGAAGAACAAUGAUUUGAAUACAGUUUCACCAGUGUCAUAAAACCAGAAUUAACAUGUUGUAAAUUUAAUUCCCAGCUAUAAAAGGUCUAGGAAAGUCUUACAAAUUGGAAAUAUUUUUGGGACGUGUUUUAUGCAAUGGGUAGAAUGGUCACAAGACUGGGCUUACUCACAAGUCAGAAUACUUCUUUUUAAUGCUUUCUGCAAAUUAGUAGAAAAACGAAAAAAAUUAAGAACAUGCUCUGUUUGUCGCAUGUGUUCCCAAAAGUGUGUUGGCAGUUAACUCUAGCCUAAGAUGUGUUUGUAUUCAAAAAUUGACUGUUUGGGAAGGUGCAGCAGGCAAGGGCCUGUUUUCAACACAGGGUUGGAAAGCUUCAUAGAGCUUUUGCUGUAUUUAUAUCUAGAAGGUGGUGUAAAAGAAGCUAUCUUGUGCUUAGCCUUUAUCGUUAUGCCCAAUAAAAGUGACACAUGAGAUGGUUUACA